ACCUGCAUUAGAUAUAAGGAAAAAUCCUGGACAUGAAACUCCGGUUCCAAAUACUCCACAAGGUUAUCAAUUACUUUAUCAACGCGCUUGGAGUUUUAAUCCUCAUGAACGACCUUUAAUUGAUGAUAUUAAUAAUGAACUUGAUGAAUUGUUAAAAAAUUUAAAAACUGGAUCUGAACCCGUCAAUCAACCACUUCCAACCGAGAUUCCUGAUAUUAUCAUUAAUAAUAGGAAUUCUGAUCCUCCACUUCCGAACAAACCAUCACAACUUGAAACUGACCAGGAAACUGUAAUUCCUCCUGUCAUUCCGAAAAAGCCACCUGAUAUUUAUCUAAAUUAUAACCAAAGUGCUAAUCAAUCAUGCGAACGUUACAAAUUCGAAGAGCAACAGAGAGUGACAUACGCCAUAGAUCCAAUACAAGAUAAAAAUAAAUCUACUCCUUUUACUCGCAAUAAUUUUCAUAUUAAACCCCAAUAUGAUUCGGCUCCCAAUUUGCCUAAUUUAAUCGACCAAAAUUCAUUACCUCCACAUGGUUAUUCUCAACAAGUCCCUCCUCCUCUACUACCACAACCACCACUUACACCAUCGCAACAACAUGGUUAUUUCCAACAAGGUUCACCAAACCAAUAUGGUUAUUUCCAACAAGCUUCACCAAACCAUCAUGGUUAUUUCCAACAAGGAUCACCACAUCAACAUGGUUAUUUCCAACAAA